UACAUAUUUCCCCCCUCUCCUGUUUCCAUCUAAAACAAACAAAUUCUGUCUGCUCGCUCCCCCCAAAUCCCCAGCCCGCCGCUGUCCUGUCAACCUCGCCGGCACCGUGGUCGAUCGAUGGGGGACUCCGUCGAUGUCAUCCCCGAUUGGGUGGGCGACUUGGGCGAGUCCGUCGGCCCCGUCGACUACGGCUGCGUGCGCCGGUGCCGUCACCGCCGCCUCGCCACCUACCUCUGGCUCCACGGCUUCCGCGACGCCCUGCGAGGGCUGCUCAACGAGACGGACGCGUACAUGAGCGUCAUCCACCUGUCGCGACUGGUGCAGCAGGGGCUGUGGGACGACGCCGUCGCCUACGUCUCCCGCUUCCUGCGCCCGGUCACGCAUCCGCAGAGCGACGAGGCACAGGUGCUCCUCCACUUCCUCAUGCACCACGCCGCCUUCGCCAGCAUGGUCGCCGGCGUGCCCGACCGCAACCUCAAGUACUUCAACCACAAGUACAACACACGGUACCUCAAGCACGACAACUCCGUCUCCUUCGACUGCCUUAGGAUCCGCUCCAUCGUCCUCUCCAUUCUCCAUUCGGAGCAAGUCAGAUCCUCGCUGGACUGGGAGCGCGUUCGUUGCAAGGCGUCUCAAAUCGUCCAACACUUGGCUUAUAAGGCUCCAGAGUUGAGAAACGUGGUCCUAUUGCCGGGCGGCCCGAUGAUGCCGCAUGAUGUGCUUCCCAUCGGAUUCAGGUACCGUCGGAGGCGUCAUGUGAAGGAACAAGACCUGCCAGGACCUAAAACACUGGCCAAGAUCUACCUUAGGACCAAAAAGGGGCUGCGUUCGUCGACCUGUAGUCGCAAGUUAAAUAGUGGAUUGACAGAGAAGACAAGGAAGUGGUUUGUAGAUCUUAUUGAUGAAAGUUUGCAAGCUGGUCUGGAACUUCAAUCAAGUGGGAAGGAAGGUGUUCCUGGUCUUACAGCCUCGUACACCAUGUCGAAUACCUCGACAGAUCUUACUAAAAACUCUGGGUCUGGGACCUCUUCAUUGACAAAUUCAGGUGCUCCAGGUUCGCAGACUAUGUCCACAUUGACAGUUCCUGCUAAAAUAUCUGGUGCUCCUGUUGCUGCAGUCUCACAGACUGUUAAUUUUUCAAGCCAUGCUGAAAACUCUGGGAUCUCGGCAGUGAAAAAUGCAGGCACAAGUAAGGUUGUGAGUUUGAAAAUCUCCAACCUCAGAAAGCAUCAAAGGACAGAAGAAGCAACUUUCGAGCAAGGUCCUCAUCCAAAAAUGCAACGGACAUGUGGGGGGGCUUUUGGUGAAGCAUGUCUGGCGUCAGUGACUAAGGCUGGAGCUGGCUCGCGCGGUACUGUCCUGGAACUGGAAGGUCCUAAGCAAGAAGUUGAGCACGCCUAGCUUCUGGACUUGUGAUUCAAGAGACGGUUUUCUGAUGAAACAAGAUGCUGCUGGAACAAAAGGAAAAAAAUAAAUCUGGUGCUGCUUGUACUGCACUCUGUUUCUGUGACCUAGAAUCUAUGUUACGUUAUGAUGGUGCAACUGUUUUUAUGAGUUUCUAAUAUCCGCUUGUGUAUGAGCUGCUUGGCUUUGGCA